AUGCCCAAAUCAAUGAAAACCUGGCAAGUAAAGGCGAUUAAAAACGGCCGACGGCCACUACCAGAGGAACCAGGUCAGCGUCCAUGGAUACCAGAGAAACCCGAGGACACACCAUGUCAUCCCCCCGAGGCAUCUUUGGCCAAGGCCGUAGCCGCGCCUGCUCAAAGACUUGCUACGAACGGCUCCAAGGGCUCUCCCUGGACAGACCAAGAAGUUGCCCUUCUGGUCAAUCUCAAGCAUCAAAAUUUUGGAUGGGUGUGUAUACAGCGCUAUUUUCCCAACCGACCCAUCGACGGUAUCAAGCAGAAGUGGUUCAAGCAGGCCCAGCUAGCGCGAAAGACCAUGUCGAAUUAG